AAAAGGAACACAGCCAAUCAAAUAAUAUUUCUCAUGCGCCCAGUUUAAAAGACUAACAUUGUCAACAAUGGUGGAUUGAACGAAAUAUAAUAUUUGGGUUUUGAUAAUCUAUUUUAAAGUAGUAAUUAAUAAGAAAAAUUAAGAUGGACGGAAUUGGGAAUUCCAGUCCAUGCAAAGAACAGUUGCGCUUUGCUUUGAACAAAGUAACAGAUAAUGCUGUACAAGCACUUUGUCAUAUUUGGGACAAAAUGGGAAUAGAUGACAAUCAGAAAAGUAACAGAGGUGAUAUAGCAGUUACACAUGUGAAGAAUCUCAUGCAAGAUAUGGUGAAAGAGGAAGAACUUUUGAUGAACAAGCUGGAGCGAGCCAUUGAGGACUGUACAGAAAAACUAAGCUCACUUUGUGAAGAAUUAUCUCUUCCAUUUGUCAAGCUCCCAGCGACAAUAACCAUGGUACAGAGAGAAAAAAUUCUGCGUUCAAAAGUAGAAAUAAUGACCAAAGAAAAGAAUGAAAGGCUUGCAAAGUACAAAGAUUUAUAUACUGUUGACCAAAAACUGAGUACUUUGAUGCAUACUACCUCUUAUUACAUACCUACUGGUGUUGUGCCUUCAUUAGAGCAACUUAAGGAAAUGGAAAUACAUGUGAAUAAUUUAAAAGCUGAAAAGGAAAAACGUCACAGUGAAUUUAUUUCAAACAAAGCCAAAAUUCUUGAACUGUAUAGAAUCAUGGAAACUGAUCCAGAUACUUCAUUUGGAAGAGAUCUAAUUUGUGAAGAUGAUGAUAGCUUUGAUCUCUCCAUACAGAAUUUGGAAACGUUAAGGGCAUUAUAUGAGAAGCUUGUAAAAGAGGACAUGAGAAUGAAAGAAGAAGCUGAUGACCUCAGAGACAAAUUGAGAAGCUUGUGGAAUAGAUUGGAGACCUCUGACAUUGACAGAGAAGAAUUUGAAAUUCAAAAUGAAGGUCAUGGGUCAAGAGUUAUUUCCAACUUGAAGACACAGAUUGCAGCUUGUGAGAAACAAAAACUACAGAAUUUACAGAGGUUCAUCAGCGGUAUCAGAAAGGAACUUGCAUUAUGGUGGACAAAAUGUUAUUUCAGUAAAGAACAACGAGAUAAAUUUACAGGCUACAACAAAGAUGAGUGCUCUGAAGAACUAUUGGAAGCGCAUGAAAAAGAACUCGAAAAAAUCAAACAGUUCUAUAAUUCCAACCGAGAAAUUUUUGAAUUAAUAGCUCGCCGUGAGGAAUUGUUUAAGAGCAUGAUUGAAUUUGAAGAAAAGGCCAGUGACCCAAACAGAUUCUUUAAUGACAGAGGUGGUAAAUUAUUGCAAGAAGAAAAGGCCAGGAAAAAACUAAUGAAAGAGCUGCCCAAGGUUGAGGAAGAGGUCACAGAAGCCAUUUUUAAGUGGCAAAAAGAUAAUAAUAAAGAAUUUCUAAUUAAUGGCAAAUCAUUCCCAGACUACAUAGAGCAUCAAUGGAAAGAAUUUCAUCUUCAAAAAGAACAACAAAAACAGUCCAGGAAAACAUUUCCUCAGCAAAAGGCCAGAGCCAAACAAACGCAAGAUGAAAUGUUGUAUGGAAGUAAAUGUGCCUCACAGACGCCUAACAAAAGGAGAGUACCAACAAUAACUACACCCAUGCGGACACCUUUGAAAGCUAGAAAGCUGAAUGAUAUGACUAAGACUCCUAACACUACUAGCAAGUUGCCUAAUUAUACUACAAGUGUCAUGAUCCAUUCCCCAUUCGGCCGGCAGCCACUCUACACACCUAAGACACCAUUGAACACCUCUUCCAAAAAGAAGAGACGAUCUGUGAGGCUCAUGAAAAAAGCAUAUACUGAACGUAAAGCUAAUAACAGCCGUCGUAGGUCUAAAGAAGUUUUUUCACACACGAUGGUAAGCAGCGAAGAAAAUGGCUCCUCUACACUGGGCUCUCACGGAUCUUACCAUGAUUUUGCUAAAUUUGUGAGUGUCUCCAAAACUUCGUCACCAAGUAUUGAGACUCAGUAGGGGAUAAAUGAUUGGACUCAAUCGUCCUAACUGUCGCAGUAGUGUUGUGCCUUCUGUUGAUGUGUUAGUGACUAAAUAAAUAUCCAGAGAACACAAUGAGUAUCUGGGCUGAGAUGUCUGUGAUUUGAAUGAAAUGAUUUGACCAGAAAAACAGUUCAAUUAAUAUUUUCUGUUUUAAUACAACUCAAGUUUCUAUCAUUUUUAACUUGUUUAUUCCAAUGGGAACAUGUAUUAUAAUGUCACUAUGUCAUUAACUCUUGUCAUCUGUCACUAAUAAAAACUAAUUUAGUUUCGGUAUUGAAGCUUAUGUAUAUUUUUGCUCUCUUUUAUUUAUUCAAUUCUUGAUCUGUAAUUUUUUAUUUUUUUUGGAUAGAAGUCUUAUCUGUGUGUGACAAUGGCAAAAUAAAAUGGAGAAGAAUCUUUGUUAAUAAGUUGUUUUUCAGCAUUUGAUUUCUAAUAUUUACAUAGACUUUUAGUUUUAUAUUUCAUGUACAUAUAAAGAACUGCUGAAUGCAUAUUAACUACUUAUCCCAUACAUUUCAAGUGUCAGUUAGUGCUUGUAGUCAUUUAGUUUUUAUGAAAAUUAUAUGUUUUGUACAUCAUACAUACGUAUAUAUAAUUGUAUAUAACCUUGCUGCAAAUUUAGACUAAUAGUUUAUUAUUUCACAAAUGUUAAUAGCAUAAUUCACAUAAAGGAUAUAAACUAAAUUAUUACCAUGAUUUGUAGUCCCAGAGGUUUGCUUUUAUAUUUAAAAUUCAGUAUUUACUAUGAUAUUUAGUUGAGUAACCUUCAAAACAAAUAAUUUAAGAAUUUGUGCUGACUAAAUGUGUACUUGAGAAUCAUUAUUAGAGCUUGGGGUAAUAUUUGAGUGAAAUCAGCAUUAUAAAUGAUUUAAAAAUUUAGUACCAGUGUCAAAGUCUAGUUGAUUUGAUAGCUUUAAAAUCUAUCUAUUUUUAGACAUUAGCUACUACAACAAUAGUUUCUUUUAUGACGUACAUAAAUAGCAAGACCAAAACAGAAAAUCAAGACCUAGUUUAACCUACAAGCUCUCAUGGCACCAGCCCAACUGUAGAUAUUUUCUUCCUUUGAGAGUUCAUUUUGUCCAAUAAUGUCAUGUUUAUAGUCAAAUGCAUCAAUUUUGUACUUUAAAUUGAAAUUUGAUGCUUUUCGUCUAAAAGCAAUAAAAUGCAUUUACCAUU